AUGGCAGCACCACCGCCCAAGCCUGGCCAGCCUGGCCAACCUGGCCAGCCCAAGGAAGAAGUGGGCACAGGGUUUAAACGCUACAAGUGGGAAUUCAAGGACAGCAAUAAAGAGUUCUGGGUGAUGGGACAUGCCGAGGUCAAGAUCAUAUCUUUGGUCUGCAUAAUCGUUGGACUGCACAUGUUCGAAUCAGUGGCCACGCACCCACUCCUGAUCCUGCUUCUUACUAUGGAGUUGUCCCUCAUCGCUUUCUACAUGUUCCUUUACAGCUUUGCCAUCAACAGAUACCUCCCCUUCAUCUUCUGGCCUGUUACUGACCUCAUCAAUGACCUGGUCUGCUGUGCCUUCCUCAUCGGUGGCAUAGUCUUUGCUUUGCAUGCUAGAAACACAUUGCCAAUGGCCUACCUAACUGCUAUGAUACUUAUGGGAGUUGCUGCAUUUUUUGCUAUCGUUGACCUGUGUCUUCAAAGAAAACACCUUAAAGCCAAGAAGCUUCGAAAGCUUGCUCUGCUUGCCCCAGACAAGGAUGGUCAUAUGCCAGACCCAGCCCUGCAUGCAAUGCUCGAAGCUCAGAGAGAAGAGGAGGAGGCAAGGCAAAAGGAACAGGAGGAGAGAGAGAGGAAACAAAAGGAGGAAGAACUGAAGAAAAAGAAGGCAAUGGAGAAGAAGAAGGCAAAGAAGGAGAGGAAGAAGAAGAAGAAGGAAGCCAACCCUUCAUCUCACAGCCUCCGCAGGUCCUGUGUCUUCGAUGCGUUGAUGGUUGUCAAGACGAUGAGUAGUAACAGGAAAAAGGCUCCAAGAAUAGUUCCCGCCACCGCCCCAUCGAGGCUCAAUCUACGCUGA